GCAGUGUUCUAGUCAUUUGGGAUAUCAAAUUGAAAAGAUAAUUGACCAGACGGAGUGCGGACUUUGGGAACGUACAAGUUAAUAAAGCAGCUGGAACGGAGAAUGAGGGUGGUGGUAUGCAUGGUGAGCAGAUACUCACGACUGACAGAAGUGUCCCGGAAAUGUCGAAAUUCACCCUAAAAUGGAAGACUUCUUGUGGCAUGAUCCCGAGAGAUGUUUGUGGAGGCCUACCCGUGCCUACUAAAGUCCAUGUUGCUCCGGGAACUCCAUUUCAAAUCAAAGUUCCGUUGUGGCAAUUUUGGUGGACUCGAGCUGUAAUAAAAGGACAGUGAAAGGUGGACAAGAGAGGUAAUGCGAAUGGGGGGGGGGGGGAAGUAAGACAGCGGAAAGAGCAAAUGAGUGAGCGAGGUGAGAGAGAGAGAGAGAGAGAGAGAGCGAGGCAGCACACUGCAGAUCCUCGCCCACUGUCGCCUCUCCGCCAGCAGAGGAGAUGACAGCGCAGGAGGGAGGACGCCAUGGAGGAGCCUCUCUGGAGCCUCCGACAGCAACUCUCCCGCUGACCACCACCACCUCCUCCUCCUCCUCCUCCUCCUCCUCCAUCCUUCCAUCAGUCUCCAUGUGAGUGUCCUUCAACUGCCUCAAAGUGAACCGGGCUCCACUUCUUGUUGCCUCUUUUAUAGGACUACUGCUCCCCCCCCCCCGCCGUUUUUUUUUUUUUUUUCCUCUCCUGACCUCCCUGAGCUGAGUGGAUUUACUUUAUUUUUUUUUUUUUUUUUUUCUUUUCUUUUCUCCCGGACUAUGGAGCCGACGGGGUGGCGGCGGAGGGGGGGCAGCUGGCACCUCCUGGUGUCACUGCUGCUACUGCUGGGCUGUGUUUUCCGGCGGGAUCUCGCACAGACGGACGACGGCGGGAAGUCGGUCUACUUCUGGGAAACAGGUCCUUGGGGGAGGUGCAUGGGCAGCGACUGCGGCCCCGGAGGAAGCCAGAGCCGGGCGGUGUGGUGCGCCCACGUGGAAGGCUGGACCACGCUUCACACCAACUGCGACCAGUCUCUGCGUCCCUCCAACCAGAGGAACUGCUUCCGCGUGUGCGACUGGCACAAGGACCUGUACGACUGGCGCCUGGGCCCCUGGAACUCAUGCGUGUCCGUGUCCUCCAGGGCGUCGGGGGCCCCGCAACCCUUUACCUGCAGCGGGGGCGAGGAGGGCAUCCAGACACGGGAGGUGGGCUGCACCCUCAAGUCGGAGAGCUCUCCAGCCGAGAACGCCAUCUGCGAGUACUUUGAACCCCAGCCCCGCCUGGAGCAAGCCUGCCUGAUCCCGUGCCCUCAGGACUGCGUUGUUUCAGACUACUCCCCGUGGACAUCCUGCUCCAAAACCUGCGGGACGGGCCUCCGCAACCGUGUCCGAAGCGUUCUGGUCCCGCCCCUUUUCGGAGGAUCCAUCUGCCCCAAUCUGACCGAGUUCCAGUCUUGCAAACCGGGGCCCUGCACGGGGCCGGAGGGCAUGUACAGCCUCAGGGUGGGCGCCUGGACACCCUGCGUCCUGCCACAGACCCGGACGACGCGCCAGGCCAAGCGGCGCAAGGGGAAAGGCCAGGGAGGUGCCAAAGAUCCCGAGACCAGGGAGCUGAUCCAGAAGAAACGAACCAGGAACCGCCUGAACCGGCAGGAGAGUUCCUCUUGGGACGUGCAGGUGGGAUACCAGACCCGAGACGUCACCUGUGUUCACAGGAACAGCAGCGGAGUGCCACGGAACUUGUGCACGCCAAGGGAGACACCACUGACCAUCCAGUCGUGCGUGUUGCCCAGAGACUGUCAACUGAGCGAUUGGAGCGACUGGUCGUCCUGCUCCAAAGCUUGCUCGGACUCCGACUCGCCCGGGGGCCGACGAGAGCGCCGCAGACGAGUGCUGCAGUGGCCUACGGGUGAAGGGGCCGAGUGCCCGAUACUGGAAGAGCGGGAGCCCUGCGAGCUGCAGGCGGACGCCGUGAUGCCCUGCGCCGUCUACGCCUGGAGGACCACCGAAUGGUCUGACUGCCGGGUGGACUUGCUGCUGGGUCAGCAGGACCGCCGUCGCACCAACCUGACUGGACUCUGUGGUGGGGGUCUACAGACUAGAGAGGUCUACUGCGUCCAAGCAAACGCCGAGCUCCUCAAGUACCUCAGCGACUUCCAGGAGAAAGACAAAGCGGGUCAGACCCAAAGACAGCCGAAGUCUAGUGUGCCCCCGCUCCUCUCGGUCUCCUUCCACAUUACAGCGACGCGUCCGGUCGAGAACCGUCUGUGCGGGGGUCCCGUUCCCAACCGGUCGCAGCUGUGCCAGGUGGCUUGUCCGGUCGAGUGCCAGGUGUCACCUUGGGGCGCCUGGGGGCCGUGCACCUUCGAGAGCUGCAACGACCAGUCGGCCAAGAAAGGUUUCAAACUGAGGAGACGAAAAAUCACCAACGAGCCAACGGGGGGUCCCGCCAACUGCCCGCACCUGGUAGAGGCGCUGCCUUGCGACCAGCCCGCUUGCUACGGCUGGCGGCAGGUCGGCCUUGACCGAUGCGUGACCGCAGAUCAAAAGCCGUGCGGUCCCGGAACGCAGCUCGUUCGGGUCCAGUGCGUUAACAGCGACAGAGAACCGGCGGACGAGAGCCUGUGCUCGUCCGCGCCUCCUCCGGAUCCCGUGGCCUGCCAGGUGCCUUGCUCGCGGGACUGCGUGCUGAGCGACUGGACGGUGUGGUCCAUCUGCUCGCAGACCUGCUCCAGCAAGACCGUGGAGGGGAAGCAGAUGAGAACACGAUCCAUUCUGGCUUACAACGCCGGCGAGGUCACUGCCAUGGUUGUGGCCUGGAUCACAGUCAUGGAGGGUCUUUCACGGGUACCCAAGUUUCCGGAACUUUUGGGUGGCGCCGUGUGCCCCAACAGCAGCUCCCUGCAGGAGGUCCGCAACUGCAACGAGCACGCCUGCACCGUGUACCACUGGCAGACGGGCCCCUGGGGGCCCUGCACUGAAGACCCCUCGUCCGCGCCCCUCAACAGCAAUUCGACCGGGGCGGUGGUGGGUUUCGGGAGCUGCUACAAGGGGGUCCAGACCAGGAAGCUCAUGUGUGUGCGCGUCAACGUGGGACAGGUGCCGCCAAAAAAGUGUCCAGACGGUCCUCGGCCGAGCACGGUGCGUCCGUGUCAGCUGCCCUGCAAGAAAGAUUGCAUCAUGACCCCUUUCAGCGAGUGGACGUCCUGCCCUGUGGCUUGUGACGCAGCUGGCAACGCCGUGAAGAGCAAACAAUACAGGAAGCGUCUGGUCAUCCAGGCGCCUUCCAACAGAGGCCAGGAUUGUCCUGAGGCGCUCGAGGAGGAGAGAGACUGCCAGCCACCACAAACGUGCCCAGGGUUCAGGUGGAAGACCCACAAGUGGAGAAAGUGCCAGCUGGUUCCAUGGUUCCUUAGGCAGGACCGACCCGGCGCUCAGGAGAACUGCGGGCCAGGACUUCAAACGCGAGCCCUGUCGUGUCGGCAGCCGGAUGGAACGCAGGUGGACGUGGCCGAGUGUCUGCAGCUGGCCCGCAGCAUGCCCGCCCUCACCCAGCGCUGCCAGCUGCCCUGCCAGGACGACUGCCAGCUGACCAACUGGUCCAAGUUCUCGUCCUGCUCGGCCGACUGCGUGGGGGUGCGCACCCGGAAGAGAGCGUUAAUCGGGAGGAGCAAGAAGAAGGACAAGUGCAAGAACACGCAGAUGUACCCUCUGAGCGAGACGCAGUACUGCCCGUGCGACAAGUACAACGCCCAGCCGGUGGGCAACUGGUCCGACUGCAUCUUGCCCGAGGGGGCCCGCGCCGAGAGCACCCUGGGGCUGAAGGUGACGGGUGACGUCAAGGAGUGCGGGCAGGGCUACCGGUACCAGGCCAUGGUCUGCUACGACCAGGACGGGCGCCUGGUGGAGACCGCUCGAUGCAACAGUCACGGUUACAUUGAGGAGGCGUGCAUCAUUCCCUGUCCUUCUGACUGCAAGCUGAGCGAGUGGUCCAACUGGUCGCGCUGCAGUAAGUCGUGCGGCAGCGGCGUCAAAGUGCGCUCCAAGUGGCUGAGGGAGAAACCUUACAACGGGGGAAGACCCUGUCCCAAGCUGGACCACGUCAACCAGGCUCAGGUGUACGAGGUAGUGCCGUGCCAGAGCGACUGUAAUCAGUACGUGUGGGUGGCCGAGCCCUGGAGUGUGUGGAAGGUCAGCAACGUGGACCUGAAGGAGAACUGCGGAGAAGGCGUCCAAACCAGAAAAGUCCGGUGUAUGCUCAACACCAUCGACGGGCCAUCGGAGGCAGUGGAGGACUACCUGUGCGACCCCGAGGAGAUGCCCCUGGGGGCCCGCGAGAGCCGGCUGCCCUGCCCCGAAGACUGCGUCCUCAACGACUGGGGCCCCUGGAGCCGCUGCCGUCUGCCGUGCACCAGAAGCAACGGUCGCAUUCGUGCGGCGUACACGCUGCGCUCGCCUAGCGCGGGGAGACUUUGUCCCGACACCACCGAAGAGGAACCCUGCGGCCUCAACCUCAACUGCUUCAACUACUUCUACAACAUCACAGACUGGAGCACGUGUCAGCUGAGUCCAAAUGCCGUGUGCGGGCGGGGAAUCAAGACACGCAUGCUGGACUGUGUUCGCAGCGACGGCAAAUCAGUGGACAUCAAGUUCUGUGAGGAGCUGAACCUGGAGAAGAAGUGGCAGAUGAACAUCUCCUGCGUGGUGGAGUGUCCCGUCAACUGCCAGCUGUCCGAGUGGUCGAGCUGGUCUGAGUGCUCGCAGACCUGCGGUCUAGAUGGCAAGAUGUGGCGUCAGAGGUCCGUGGUUCAGGCCUCGCAGGGUGACGGUCGUCCGUGUUCGUCCCCGACGGAGCAGUGGAAGCCGUGUCCGGUGCGGCCGUGCUACCGAUGGCAGUACAGUGCCUGGUCAGAGUGCCGCGUGGAGAGCGUGGUGUGCGGUCACGGCACGCGCUACCGGAACCUCACUUGCGUCGUGUCAGACGGCGGCGGCGGCGAGCAGGACAACGGCGGCCAAGUGGACGAGGAGCUGUGCGGUGGUCUGGAGUUGUCCGUGAAUGGAGACAAGCGCAUCCGGCUGAAGGAGGCAUGCACGCUCCCCUGCCCUGGUGAGUGCUACCUCAUGGAGUGGUCCGACUGGAGCGCUUGCAUCAGCAUCUGCGUCAAGGAGGCCGGCGUGGACUUCGGUUCGGUUCGGGUGCGCUCACGAGCCGUGUUGGCCCAAGAGCCUGAGAACCUGCAGCUGUGUCCCGAUCAGGCCUGGGAGUCGCGACCCUGCACAGGAGGCGAAUGUUUCCAGUACAAGUGGCUCAGCAGUUUUCGGCCCAACUCCUCGCGACCGCUCUUCUGGUGUCAGCGCUCUGACGGACUCAACGUCAGCGGGGGCUGCCUUCCCGUCACCCCCGUGAUGGACGACAGCGGCUGCGACCCGCCGUGUGUCCCGCCGACGUCCUACUGCAGCGAGGCUGGCUUGUGCAUGUGCGAGGAAGGCUAUACGGAGGUGCUGUCCGCGGGCGGGCUGCUGGACCAGUGCGCUCCCAUCCCCGUCCUGGAGAUCCCCACAGCGGGAGACAAGAAAGGAGACGUCAAGACCAGCCGCGCCGUCAACCCCACGCUGACCGCCACCGCACAGCCAGGACGCUCCGGACGCACCUGGUACCUGCAGCCCUACGGACCAGAUGGCAAAUUGAAGAUUUGGGUGUACGGCGUGGCUGCGGGAGCUUUCGUGCUCUUCAUCUUCAUUGUGUCUAUGACCUACCUGGCUUGCAAGAAGCCAAAGCGACCGGAGCGAGCGCGGCAGCAGCAGAACAGCCGUCUGAAGCCUCUGACGCUGGCCUACGACGGCGACACGGACAUGUAGUCACACACAGCUGCGUGCCGGAUGCUUUUUCUUUUGCCCUUUUUUUUUUUCAUUUCUUUUUUUACAGCAAGAAGGCGAGACAGAAAAAUCCUCUUCGAGCACAUCUUUGUUUCAAAAAGUGCUCUCCCCAUGCACACUUCUUUCUUUUUUUAUUUUUAUCGCCUUCAUGACCUCUGCAGUGUUGAGUGAAAUGUUUUUUUUUUCUCCUGUCAUCCCACCCGACCAAGACUUUUUUUUUUUUCCUUCCCCGCUGAGCCGUCUCCGCUGGAGGCUUUACAGGAUACGUCGCAUCCUCUGUUGCCAAAAAAAGAUGAAGAAAAAAACGAAGAGGAGGAUGAGGGAUGAAGGGGAAGGGGAAGAAAAUCUCCAUAAAGGGUUUUAGAAUUCCUUCCUCCGCCCGAAUCCUCGCACUGGACAAAAGAGGGACGCCGCUCUCUCUCUCUCUCUCUCUCUCUCACUCUUUUGUGGUUGUUGUUGGAUUGGGGCGGCCGUUGCCAUGGAAACUGCGCCUCUCUCUGUUUCUGUCUGUCUCUCGCCUCCACCCUGGCUGUGUUUCAGGCGCUAACGUGCACUAUAUUAGUGCGGCACAUGACUGGUGAUGCCAUAAAAGAGGACGAUACCAGCAAACAAGAAGGGUCAACACAAACACGCGAGGAUCACUUGCGAAGGAAUUUUAGGGCCACGCUGGAAUUCAAAACAAAUCCAAAAUUGCUAUGGUAAUAAAAUCAGACCCCAGUUGGAAUUUUUCAAGAAAAUAACCCAUGUGACAUUUUCUCUAAAAAUGUCACUUUUUAAUCUUUAAAAAAUGGGACAUUAUUAUUAUUAUUUACGUAAGAUCAUUUUUACACACACACAAAUACUUCUUAAGGGAAAAGAUAUGACUUAGUUCUGAAUAUAUCUUGACUUUUUUUUUUUUCUUCUCUCGGUUAAAAAAAGUAUUUUUCCCCCUAAAAUAAUACUUUGCUCUUUGCAAGAAUUGGGGGGAAAAAGUUUAUUCUCAUAUUUUGCCUCAUUUCUUAAAAGAAAAAAACUAUUUUCUGACAAUGCAACUAAUUAUCUUUAGAAAUAGAAAAUAUGACUUUUGUGACAGUUUUAGCUUGGACAAUAUGCAACUUUCUUCUUCUCAUCAUGCAACUAUUUGUCUAAAAAAAUCUAUGACUUUGUUUCUCCCCAAAAAGAUGACUUCUCUCCUGAAAACAUGCAACUUUCUCAGAAGCUUACAAUGAUUCCAAUAGGAAGCUAUAUUCUUUUUCUUUUCGGUGUGGCCCUAAUACUCCUUUGUAGAUGAUAAUAAAAUAAUGUACAGAUUUUUUGGAAAUGAUUGAUUUAAAAAAAAGUUAUGGUUUGUCGAGGUCCUCUGGUGUGAUGAUGUUUCUUUCUCCCCAAAUGAAACUCAAAGCUCGAACACAGGAAGUAGGACAUUUUUAUUGGAAGCAGCCAUUUCGGGGCCAAGGGUGCGCCUUCAUAGAUGAACUGCUCCUCCAACUUUUGCCCGAUGCCUACCAAAUUUGAACCAUGUAUACAAGAUUUCUGUGGGUGUAGCGUGGUGGAAAAGGUUUGACGACUCGCCAUAAAAACGGGCAACUAAUGACCCAGCUCCCGAAGCCAGUUUCAUGUAGCAACAUGAAAUUUGGUAGUAUCAUUUUGUCAUGAGUAAACCCACAUAAAAGUCACAAAAAGCCAGGCUUGAUAGCACACAAGUCUGCUACUUUGUUUUGAAGUGACCAUUUUAGGGUCAAUUUGGCCAUUUCCAGGAGUACUCCAAAAACGCCCCCGAAGCCAGUCUAACUUGGGAAGAUGAAAAUCGGUAGGAAUGUCUAUCAUGAGUAGACCGACAAAAAGGUAUCUCAAACCAAUGUCCCAAAAGAGAGACAAAUCUGCAAUUUUGGGUUCAAGUGACUUAUUUUAGUGUCAAUUUGGCUUUUUGGAAAUUCAGCCCUUGAAACCAGUUUCACUUAGCAACAUGGAAUUUGGUAGACUUGUCUAUCAUGGGUAGACCCAUAAGAAAGUCUCAAGAACCAAUGUCUGAAAAGACACAGGAAGUUUGCCACUUUGGUUUGAAGUGACCAUUUUAGGGUCAAUUUGGCCAUUUUCAGUACUUUCACAAGGUUUUGAAAAUUCAGCCCCCAACGCCAAUUUAACUUAGCAAGAUGGAAGUCUGUAGGCAUGUCUACCAUGAGUAGACCAAGAAAAAAGUCUCAAGAACCAAUAUCAGAAAAAAAAAAAGACGGGAAGUCUGCCAGUUGGGUUGAAGCGGGCAUUUCAGGUCCAUUUUUCCCAUUUGCGAGGGUCAUUUAAAGGCAAGCUCCAUCUUAGCUUUGGUCCGAUUGCUACCAAAUGUGUGGAAUUUAUACUAGAUAGACGGAUGACUCGAAAUUGUUUGUUUUUGCCAUUGCGUGUGGGCGAAGCAUAGCUGCCAAGUUUGAUGACUCACCAUAAAAACCCCAAAAGCCCUUAAGGGACUCUUGGAGCGCCCCCUACUGGCAGACAUUAUGCAAACGCAUUAGCUCCCCACUCCCGACGCUCUUCUCCUGACUUUUCUUUUAUCUGCCUUACUGACGAUCACUUGCAGUUUUUCUACUCAAAAGGAUCCAACUAACAUGCAGUCACUAACAAAAUAAUGACUAAUGAACUCAUGUGGUUUUCAUAUAUAAGCUUUAUUAUUAUUCAUGAGGUGGAAAAUAACAAAAAUAAGGUUGGUGUGGGAAACUGUUUACUCUGGUAAAUUUGUUAAAAUAAAAAAAAAGAGCAACUUUUUUAUUUUCUUGUUUUCCGUGAAGGGGGAAAAAACAUUAAAGGUACGUGUACAUUUAUUUUGUAUUACACAGAAAAUGUUUAGUUUCAAUAUUGCAAAAGUGGCUGUAUAAUAUUUUUUGCUGUCCUGAUGCAAGUUCUGUGGUGCAAAAAAAACACAAAAACAACAACAAAUGAGCACGAAGAAGAAAAAAGAGAAAAGCUUGUCUUUUUUUGUACAGGUUGUUUGUGUGUGCGGGACGAAAACGCGAUAAUAAACAAGGGCACGGUGACAACACAACACUCAACACUGUCCUUUCUGUCUUUUAUGCAGGAUGGAAAAAUAUCAGAUGUAAUGCAAAACAUUUGGAAAGUCUUUAAUACCCCUUCACUAUUGUCAUGUUAUAGUUCUUGUACAAAAGUACGGUGGCCUGGAAGUGCAAAACAGUAUAACAAAUUGUGAAACACUCUUACAUUUCAGGAAACAAAUGAACAAAAGCCAAAACACUUUUACAAAAGACGUAACACCCGGAGAGGGAAUGUCCCAGUUCACAGACGUUCUCAGAAAUCCCAUGCCCGUUCUCGGCAAGACCCGCCCCGCUUCAACGUGAUUGGCUCCUGCAUGAACGACAUGCCCAUCCCAAAUACCGAUUGUAUAUUUUUGGGAUAUUGGGGCCCUGAACACCGAGCCUGCAUAGGCGUUUGAUGCUGUAUAUACAAUAUAUUGUACUUGAUCACAUUUCUUCAACCAUAAAACGAUAGAUUAAGAGUUAAGGAAGAAGAAGGUUGUUAAAAGUGAGAGGAUGCCGGCGAGAAUUAAUGGGAAAGUGUGGAUAUAUGCAAGGAAGCUGCCGGCUCCAUUCAUUUGAACGUACCGAGCGAGGGAUCUACCUUGUGUACAUUCUGGUCACAAGCUGUGCUUUUUCAUCGACUGGCACAUUAUACAUUAUGAAUAUAGUUUAGCAUUGACGUUAAACAACAUUUGAUGCUUUACGCACUAUUUAUAUGGCUUGAGCCGAGGCGACGCGGGCACAAACCCGGAAAUGUAUUUUCACCGUGCGUAGGGGAACACUUCUGUGUAUUUUGGUUGAAUGGAACAAGGGACGUGAAGACGCCGUACAACGGGGAUUCUAAUUUUGAAUCGGUGGCCGACCGAUCGGGAAGGAAACAGUUGCCUAACCACACGUACUACGCCAUAGUUCAGUCGGGUGGUUUCCUUGAGCGGCAGAUCAGUCAGUCAGCCGAGGCGCGCACACCAAAAGGAGCAGCACAAUGUCCAUUGAAUUCAAGCAAAACAAAUUUAAUUCUUUACAUUCUAUUUAAUUUCAGUCAUUACUGUUUGUUUUUAUAAAGUACAAUUUUAGAGGGCUAUUUUCCUUACACAUUUAUUUUUUGGGGGAGGGGGGGGGGUGGUGGUUGUGUGAAACGGAUUAAUGGAAUUUUCAUUCGAUGAAUUGAGAUACAAGUGGAUUUUAGUUACGAGCGGGGUCAUGGAAGGAAUUUGUAUCUUAAGGCACCACUGUAUUUGCAUUUUUAAAUACAUUUACAAAAAAAUGAAAAGCGCAAUUUUCACUUAGCCAUGAUAUCUGACUUUGUGUGGGAUUUUGAGGGGGGAAAAUAUUUAAACCAUUUUGAAAUCACCAGUAAUGUAACAGAAUGUUCAUGUGAUACUUUUAAAGCUUCUUUGUGUGAUUGUUUUUGUGUCAUCUUUGCUCCUGAUUUGUUCUUUGAUGCUAUUAAAAAAGGUAAAGCGCACUCUUGCAGUGAUGUGACACUAAUUGAGUUGCAACAUUUCUUUUUUUUAUGCAGCCGAGUGCUUCCUUUAGCUUAGCAGAGAUGCUAAUCGCGCUGCAUUGGAGUGUGACGUGCUUCCAUUUACGAGAUUGAUUUUGACCUUUUCUCUUAUCUUUGCUCUUAGCGCACUUGUUUUUUUUUUGUUUGUUUGUUUUUUUUUAUCUCAAAGGUUUUGUCUCGCAACCUGAAAGACAAAUUGAACAAAAGAUAGCAUUGCUUUAAAAUGUCCAUUGAAAAUAAUUGUAUUAUACAAGUGUUAGCAAGUUUGUUAUUAUUACCUGAAACAAAGAUUGUGUUUGUGUUGUGCUACCGGUAUAUUAAUUUGGCUUUUUCAUGAUGGAUGUUUUUUUUUUUUUUUUUUAGAUAAGAUUGGAGACAAGAUAAGACAUUAUUGAUUUACGUGUCGGAGCAGCAUCAUAGAAGGACGAAAAAAAGGUCAUGAGCGUGUUGGUUAAAACAGUUUACAUUGAAAACAGAGAGGGGAAAAUACAAUAUAGUGAUACAAUAUACAUGUAUAGUGAAGAAAAUGCAUGUAUGAAUACAUAUGUAUGAGCACCGAUAAUAUGAAAAAAUGGUGGAGCAAAAAUGUAAAUUGCAAAUUUAUGUCAGUGUAUUUAAUUUGUAUCUUUGUAUUUUAGAUUUAUGUUGAAUUGUUUUCUAAUUUUAUUUAAUUUUUGAUUUAAAAAAUAACAAAUUUGCAGUUAUUUUUUGUAUUUUUAUAUUUUUAUUUUCGAUUUAUUAUUUUUUUGAAAUUGUAUUUAUAGUGAUUCUUCAUUUAUAUUCAAUAUUUUUACAACGUUUUAUCUUGAUAUUAAAUGUUUUUUCUAUAAAUGUU